CAAAUUAACAACUUGUUGCCCCGUUGUCCCGUUGUCGGUUUUCUCGUGCCAGCUCUCUGCCGUCGGAAUAACGUUUACGGUACUUUUCUGCGCUUCUCUCGGCUGUCAACUGUUCUCUCUCUGGAUUAUUUUUCUAGUCUGGAGGAGGGCUGGGAGCUUUUUCUGAGAAGUCGGGAAGCAGCUUGAGUUGAACCCGGUUUGAAGGGCUGUGGCCAUGGCCGGGGGUGGUGGUGGUGGGGUUUCUCCGUUGGGGCCCGCACCGCCAAUGUGGUAUCACCGGGACCUGAGUCGAGCGGCGGCCGAGGAGCUGCUAGCCCGGGCCGGGAGAGACGGGAGCUUCCUGGUGCGGGACAGCGAGAGUGUCAACGGAGCUUACGCUUUGUGUGUACUGUUUCAGAAGCACGUCCACACAUACAGAAUCCUCCCAGAUGAUGAAGGAUUUCUGGCUGUACAGACAUCUCAGGGUGUGCAGCCUAAGCGGUUUAAGACGUUGCCAGAGUUGGUGUCUUUGUACCUGCAGCCCAGCCAGGGUCUGGUCACCACCCUGCUUUAUCCCGUGGACAGAGAGGAAACAGCUGUCAGCGAUGACAGAGACUAUUCAGAUGGGGAGGAUGAGAAGCCACCUCUUCCCCCUCGCUCUGCCUCCACCUCCACGCCCCCUGGACCAGACACACCCACAGACAGCGCUCCAGCAGCUAAUGGCCUGAGCACCAUCUCCCAUGAGUACUUGAAGGGCAGCUAUGCUCUGGACCUUGAGGCAGUCAAACAGGGAGCCUGUUCCCUGCCUCACCUCAACAAGACACUAGUGGCCUCCUGCAAACGCCUUAAUGGGGAGGUGGAUAAGGUUCUGUCUGGUCUGGAGAUUCUGUCUAAAGUCUUUGAUCAGCAGAGUGCCUUCAUGGUCUCCAAGAUGAUCCAACAGUCAGUGAAUCAGGGUGGAGACCAGGAGUUAGAGAACCUUGUGACUAAGCUGGCAAUUCUCAAAGACCUGCUGUCGUCCAUAGAGAAAAAGGCCCUGAAAGCUCUCCAGGACAUGAGCUUGUCCUCACCGUGCUCCCCUCCUCCUCUCUCCAUGCGUCACAGCAAAGCAAUCCCUGUGCAGGCCUUUGAGGUAAAGCUGGAUGUUUACCUGGCAGAACUGACCAAGAUAGGAAAGAGUCAGAAGUACACUCUGUCUGUGGAUGUAGAGGGAGGACGACUGGUGGUGAUGAAGAAGGUGAAAGACAGCCAAGAGGACUGGACCACCUUCACACAUGACAAAAUCCGUCAGCUGAUCAAGUCUCAGCGGGUGCAGAAUAAACUGGGCAUUGUUUUUGAGAAGGAGAAGGACAAGAGCCAGAGGAAAGACUUCAUCUUUGCUAGUGCCAAGAAGCGGGAGGCGUUUUGCCAGCUGCUGCAGCUGAUGAAGAACAAACAUUCCAACCAGGAUGAGCCAGACAUGAUUUCCAUCUUCAUAGGCAUCUGGAAUAUGGGCUCAGUGCCUUCGCCUAAGUCUGUGGCCUCGUGGGUGUUGUGUCGCGGCCUUGGGAAGACUCUGGACGAGAUGACGGUCACCAUUCCUCAUGACCUUUAUGUGUUUGGAACCCAAGAAAACUCAGUGUGUGAGCGGGAGUGGGUGGAGUCACUGCGCUGCAUGUUGAAAGAGCAGACAGAACUGGAGUAUAAACCGAUCGCAGUGCAGACUCUGUGGAACAUUAAGAUUGCUGUCUUGGUGAAACCUGAACAUGAGAAUCGAAUCAGCCACGUGGGAAUGUCCAGUGUCAAGACGGGCAUCGCCAACACACUGGGUAACAAAGGAGCUGUAGGUGUGUCCUUCAUGUUCAACGGGACAUCUUUCGGUUUUGUGAAUUGUCACUUGACAUCAGGGAAUGAGAAGAUUGCCAGGCGGAACCAGAACUACCUUGAUAUCCUGCGGCUGCUGUCACUAGGAGACAAACAGCUGAGCUCCUUUGACAUCUCGCUGCGCUUCACACACCUCUUCUGGCUGGGAGACCUCAACUACAGGCUGGAUAUGGAUAUACAGGAGAUCUUAAACUACAUUAACAGGAAGGAGUUUGAGCCCCUGCUGAAGGUGGACCAGCUCAACCUGGAGAGGGAGAAGAACAAAGUCUUCCUACGCUUUGCGGAGGAAGAGAUCUCGUUCCCGCCCACCUACCGUUAUGAACGUGGCUCAAGGGACACAUAUGUAUGGCAGAAGCAAAAGGCCACAGGGAUGAGGACGAAUGUCCCAUCCUGGUGUGACAGGAUCUUGUGGAAGUCGUAUCCAGAAACACACAUCGUCUGCAACUCCUAUGGCUGUACAGAUGAUAUAGUGACCAGUGAUCACUCCCCUGUCUUCGCUACAUUUGAGGUGGGGGUGACCUCCCAGUUUGUCUCCAAGAAAGGUCUGCCAAAGUCUUCAGAGCAGGCCUACAUCGAGUUUGAGAGCAUCGAGGCCAUAGUGAAGACAGCGAGCAGAACCAAGUUCUUCAUUGAAUUCUACUCCACUUGUCUGGAAGAGUUUAAGAAGAGUUAUGAGAACGACAGUCAGAGCAGCGACAAUGUCAACUUCCUGCGUGUGGGCUGGUCCAACAAACAGCUAACAACGCUAAAACCUCUUCUCUCAGAGAUCGAGUAUCUUCAGGACCAACAUCUGCUGCUAACAGUGAAAUCACUGGAUGGAUAUGAGUCCUACGGAGAGUGCGUGUUGGCUCUGAAGUCAAUGAUUGGCAGCACAGCACAGCAGUUCCACACCUACCUGUCCCACCGUGGCGAGGAAACAGGAAAUAUCAGGGGGUCCAUGAGGGUCAGAGUCCCCUCUGAAAGAAUGGGAACCAGGGAGAGACUCUACGAGUGGAUCAGUGUGGACAAGGAUGAGACAGGUGGACCUAAAGGGAAAUCCAUGAUGGUGUCCAGAGUGGGACAUGAAUAUGUGAAGCCAUCUGUGGUUCGUAAACAUUUAGGAGAGCUGGGCAAGGUCAGUGAGGAGGGAGAAAGGAACAGCAAAGAGGAAACUGCUGCAAGACCUAAGCAAGAUGCAUCAGAUGGUGAUCCAUCCAUCAGCAAGAACAGUUACAAUAACCCCGCCUACUACAUCCUGGAGGGCGUUCCCAACCAGUCGGCAGCUGCUCUCUCACCUGAGCUUCUCCCAUCUCCUACCUCCACAAACCCCCAGGCAGCUAAAGCCCCUCCUCCCUCAGCUGGAGCUCGAACCAAACCCUCCUGUGCGGCCUCAGGGCCCCAUCACCCACGCAGACACAUGGCAGGACACCCGGUCCGUGCAAUUAGUGAGGAGGGCUCCUCAGAAGACGAUGGAGGCGCUUGUGUGGCGGGGGCACAGGGUGGAGGUGUCGCCGGAACAGUAGGAAGCACACUGAAUCGACCCCCUCCCGACUUCCCCCCUCCUCCUCUUCCUAAGGGAGCACUGGAGAUGGUUGCAGAAGUCCCCUUCCCCAAACCUCGCCCUGUUUACCCGGACCUGGCUGAGGUCAGGAUCCCAGCAGCGAAUCCCGGUGCCCCGCUGGGUCUCGGGGAGGGCUUCCGGAGAGGAGGAGGGGGAGGCGGAGGGGGAGGCGGAGGGGGAGGCGGAGGCGGAGGCGGAGGCGGAGGCGGAGCAGGGGCAUUAGACGACCAGUCGUGUUCUGUGCUCCAGAUGGCAAAGACACUGAGUGAGAGUGAGUUUCCUGGACAGCCGCCACGCACUCCCUCAGCACCACCGCCUCUGAGGGGGCAGUCCAUGGGUUUAGGUCUGGACGCCUGCCGCACCUUCCCACCCAGAAAUCCCAUCACAGAGAGUAUUGCAGAGGACAUGCCUGAGGAGGCACUUUGGGGCAGCAGUAGUUCCUCUUUGUCUGUUGGGGAAUCUUCAGUGGGCGAAUGGCUGCAGAGACUGGGACUUGAGAGGUAUGAGCAGGGUCUUCUACACAACGGCUGGGAUGACCUGGAGUUCCUCAGCGACAUCACAGAGGAGGACCUGGAGGAGGCGGGAGUGCUCGACCCUGCCCACAAGCGAAUCCUGCUGGAGAGCCUCAGGCAGCAGCAACAGAAAUAAACUGUACCAAACUGGUCCAUGACUGGUCCAAACUGGCCUGGAACCACACCAGGUCCCAAGAGGCCAAAUCUCAGCUGAACUGAACUGAGCUGGAACUUGCCAAUUGAUGCCAGACUGUGCCUUCUGAGAGAAAUUGCACUCCAUUUGUACUUUCAAAAACACUUGUUGAACCAACGUCCUUUUUCACAUGUACUGUAUGUGUGUUGUCAUCGUCGUAGAGGUGGCCUUAUUUAAUGAUAAUCAUUUCAGCCCUUCAAGCAUCACUACCUAACCCUCAGCUUUAACCCUAGUGAGAAGAUUCAGGAUGAGAUAAUAUUUUUUUUUCUGGUUAGACAGAACUGGAGAUACAACUCACAUGUGGAGCUGGUGAUGUGUUGAUGUCACAUCAUCAGUUUUGACGUGUAGCUUCAAGCUAGAAUUAGAGCUUGUUUUUCUUUUGUUGUCCUGAGAAACUGUAACCGAAGAGUGACAGAGUUUCCUGAAAAUUGGAAAUCUCUUUCAGACUUUAAGGUUUAAAGUGAAAUGAGAAGAAGGGUUUUGUCCGAAAAACACGCUGCUUGUGUUUGGUGCCCUCAGUUCAGACUCUUUUAACAACACUGUUUUUCUCAGAGUCUCUGGUUUUUCCCCAUUAAUGCCUACAAUUGGGGAAACUGUUGGAAUUGUUAGAGAGCACUCAAGAGUAAUUUCAACCCGCCCCACUUCUGUGACGGAGGCGGACAGGAAGUGGUGACAGGAGAGAAGCUAGUCCUGAGGCAUGUCAGGCUAAAGUGAGCUCAACUUACAUUUUUCAGAUGUUGUACUUUUGUGACAAUGUCUGUGCCACUGUUAUUGAAGUGGUGGCAUUUAUUGUCUCAGUGUCUCUAUAUAUAUUUAUGGUUUUACUUUUUUUUAAUGAUAAAGGGAAUAUGGAGCAAACCAACCAAACACAUUAGAGCUAAAUUCACUUUGUUACAACAUUUAAAUGACUAUUAGUCGUCAGCUUUUGACACCACCUGCCCCCUGGUGUGUGAUUUGCACACACUCAACACUGACAUUUGAGCUUUUUUCUGACACUUACAGACUGUGGCAAAUUGGUUACAUUGUUAGAAGUUAAUUUGUUUUCAGAAGUGGACAAGUGACACAUGCAGCAUACUGUUUCUUGGCACAGUCUGGUUGAAAAAUGAAGUAGAUAAAGCAAUAAAAUCACAAGUAUACUUGAGGUUAUAAGUUCUGCACCUAAGUGAAAUAUCACUUGAAAUAUUUCACCCGGUGCUUAUCUCAUAAUUACACCGUCAUUGUCUGUCAGGACAUUAAAUUUCAAUUUGCAGAGAAAGACAAAUCCCAUUUUAGCGGCAUAUGACCCAGGUUCAACGAGCUGUGUAAAUAGAGCAGUGUUCAGGGAACUGGUUAACAUAGCCAAACAGAACUCGCUGUUCUUUUACUGAAGAUUCACUAAGCCAUCAUGUUAUCAUUGUCUGAGAAACCAUUUGUCAUCAAAACAUUCAACAUACAUUUCAUAUAGUGUAGAGAUAGUUCUUGUUUUGCCGAUUUUAUUUGGCUCGUUUGUAAAAUUACCACAGACGGGGAUAAUUUGUACACAUGGAAGAGGAUGUCGCCUCUCGUAAUAUGUUAAAAACAGAGAAACAACGUUCACAGAUGGUAUGAGGGCGCGUGUUCCCCAAGUACCCAGCAGGUGGUGCUGUUACUCCAUAAACAUCAUCAGUAGAUGCUGACUGUGGAAACCUUUGGGAACAUAAGACAAUCAAGUCAUGUUCAGUGAAAUGAGUCAUUCUUCACGGUUCAAGUCAAGGUUUUUUAUAUGUCGUUCUUAAGACGUUAGAAAUCUGAGAGAUAACUUACCUGUUAAUGUUCACUCUGCCUUUAUUCUGUCUUAAUUUAAAUCCUGCCUCCUCUUCUGCCUAUGAGGCCAGAAGCCUAACCGAAAAGCCAGUUUAUUUUCGUAUUAAAAGACCUGAUGCUGAUACCUGAUACUUCUGUUUUAUCAAAGUGGAUCGUACCAAAUAUUUCUCCUUCAUUUAAGCUCACAACUAAAAAUCAUUCUGCCAUGUCAACAGCUCACUGUGAGAAGACGUCGAAAGUAGAACUCUAAACUGUGAGUGAACGUGCUGUUGCAUAAUUGAAAUCUUAAGGAUGUUAUUGUAGCAAUUUCAUUUGUACACCCUUGAAUUAUGUUGCUCACACACACACACCUUUAGACGCAACUACUUGCCUGUGUUUUAUAUGUAUAGUGUGUCUAAUCUUCUAACAGCCAAAAAACCAUAAUGCAGAGAAUGUGGAUCUGCCGUUCAGACCUGUUAAAUCUUAUGUCUUUGUUUUUUUUUUAAGCCUUUUUGACCUUUCAGUGUUCUCAGUGGUGUGUGUGU